UUGUUAUUAAGUCAAACACUCAAUAUUAGUAAAAUAAACACAAUGAUAUUCAAUAUAUACAUUUGUUGUUUACAGAUCUAAAAAUUGAUAUCAAAAUGAAAUACUAUCUUCUGUAAGUUAAAUAGAUCACAACUUCACAAGUAUAAUCCAUCACUGAAUUUGGAUCUUAAUCAUCAUCAUCAUCAUGGUAUCUAGGAUCUCCCAAGUUUGGAUGUUUCUCUUUGCAACACUUGCUGCUUUGUCUUCCCAUGUAGAGAGGGUAUCAUCAGCUAAUUGGGUUUGUCCGGCUGGUGAACUUGAACGUGUUCUCCCGGAGGUAUGCGCUACAUGUCUGAGCUGCACAGAUUGGUGCGCCAGUCAAGGGAGACCGCUGGUCACCAAGGAAGAGUGCGUAGACAAAGAAACGCAACCUAAAGUGAUUUGGCAUUAUUGUGUUUGUUGUUGUGGAGGACCCCUAGCAUCUCCACCGCCUCCUCCUCCAUCUCCAUCACCUCCACCGCCACCUCAGCCAAGAGAUCCACGAGAUUUAUGCUUUCCCAAUGAGGUUUCUUUGUCGAGUCCAACGAUCAGUUGCGUCCCUAACAACUGUCCAGUGUGCAAUUGUGGUCAAGGUGCAGUUCCAACAGAAAUUAGCUGCGUGAAUGAUUACUGCAACUGUUGCUGCCCUCCGAGUACUCUUUCCUCGUCAACUACGACUCCUGGUUCAUUAUCAAUCACCGCAGCACAGUGAAUAAUUAUUUCUAAUGAAACUACAUCCCGGCAUCAAUCAGCUAGCUGCAUCCGAUGUAAUGUGAUAUUGAGUGAUCUUUAUCCGUUUAAUAAAAACUAAGCAACAUUUAUUUUGUUCUAUUUGAAUUGGGAUGCCGGCCUAUAAAUCCUGAAUCUGUACACUAAUUUUAGAUGAAUGUGACCACAAUUAGUGAAACUUGAUAUCA